CAUAACUUUGACCUUUGAUCGACAAGCCCCUCGAGUCCAUUCGCCAUUCAGUCACCAUUUAAUUUUACCUCUGGCCGAGUCCUGACCUCGUCUCCAGUGAUAGGAGAGACAGCUACAUGAUAGACGUCAUAGAAUCUAUAUACUACUGUAUACCAAUUUCUGCACAGUGAACGGGAAAAAGAACUCGCGAAAACAUGGCAAAAAUUGGAACUUUGAAGAACUGUGUUAGUCUUGUGACUGGUGGUGCUUCAGGUCUGGGCCGAGCAACAGUGGAGCGAUUCGUACGCCAGGGAGCAAAAGUUGUCAUUUGUGAUCUGCCAACGUCAGAUGGAAAGGCAGUUGCUGAUUCUUUGGGCGAGAACUGUGUAUUUGCUCCCACUAAUGUCACAUCUGAGGAGGAUGUCACCAAGGCCCUUGAGUUGGCAAAAGAUAAGUUUGGACGUCUUGAUAUAAGUGUGAGCUGUGCUGGUACUGGAAUUGCAUUUUUGACUUAUAAUUUCAAAAAAAAUUUACCACAUCAGCUGGCAGACUUCCAGAGAGUUCUCACGGUGAAUGCUGUGGGCACUUUUAAUGUGAUCCGUCUCUCAGCGGGUGUCAUUGGGGAGAACGAGCCCAAUGAAGACGGUCAGAGAGGAGUUAUCAUCAAUACAUCCAGUGUGGCAGCUUUUGAAGGGCAGCGGGGCCAGGCAGCUUACUCAGCCAGUAAAGGAGCUGUGGUGGGCAUGACGCUGCCCAUAGCAAGAGACUUAGCCCCUCAGGGAAUCCGUGUGGCGACCAUUGCCCCUGGUCUCCUUGACACACCAUUGUUGGCAGCCCUGCCAGACAAAGUUCGCAAGUUCCUGGCAAGCACGAUUCCUUUCCCCCCGGUCCUUGGUGAUCCUGGUGCUUAUGCACACUUGGUACAGAGCAUCGUGGAAAACCCUAUGAUCAAUGGAGAAGUCAUUCGUUUGGAUGGUGCUCUUCGUAUGAUGCCGUAGGCUGACAGCUGCCUGUGUGUCUGGCUGUUCAGAACAAUACUUGAUGUUGUUUAGAUCGACCAACACACCAUGGGGCAUACAGAUGAAGCCAAUGUUGUUUUCCAUAAUGUUUGUCUUUAGCGUUUGAAAUGCAAACUAUCAAGUUCCAGCUCAAGCUUGCUCUGAAAAGUCACUCUAUUAUCAGGCAAAUUAAUACUCCCCUUCAUCAAAAUCUCACUUUUCGGAGUAAUUUGGCAGUUUUGUUCUAAGCACAAUUCAGUGAAUCAUCAUGAACUAGGUGCUAGAUAGUUGUCUUACUUUAGCUUUCUCUGCGGGCAGAAUCGUGUUCGUUUCUUCCCCUUGAUCAACUUGAUUUACGGGUAAAGUUUAUGACUUGCAGUCUAUGUGUGGUUAAUUACUUUCUUUUGAACAAUAUGUAACCAAGAUUUUUUUCCCUAAGAUGCAGAUUGCGAGUGAAUGAAGUUUUUGUUCUCCACAUUUUUGUAUGAAAGUACUCCGUAGAGUGCAUAAUAAUUGACCAGAUGAAUUUGCCUUAAAUUUGUGAGCAAGCAUUGUCCCAUCUGUUCCAGAACUAUACAAGCAUUUACUGUUAAUGUAAGUAAAAUUUGUUUUUGUAUACUUUAUGUAUCUGAUCAGUUGCAUAUAAUGGUGAACAAUCACUUCUUUUAUUAAUGGGAUUGUGUGCAAGAUGUGUUGUGCCUAUACCUUCACAUUUUGAAUCUUUACAAUUUCAGGUGUGAUUUGGAAAAGGGAGAAAAAAUUUAUGUGCCAUUGAUUAUUGUUACACAUCAUGUGUAGCACCAGUCGACACGCAAGAAUCUCUUGUGAGGAUAUUUCUUUAGAGUAACAAGAGCAGUGUACAAUGAAUGGUGGGUAGUACAAAAUUAUUUUGAGAUUCGAAUACUUCGUGUUUCCCCCCACUGUUGUGUGGCAGAAAUGUCAUGUGUUGUCAGAAUGAUGAAAUACCUGUUCAUACCUCAACUUUUUGUUCUCAUGAGCAAAUAAAAAAAUUAAGAACCUGAA